AUGUCUGUCAUGUUACAGACACCUUCUCGAGCUUCAACCGCAUCCUCCUCCUCCUUCCAGCCGAUAUCACGGCAAAACACGAUGUCUUCCUACGAUGGCUCGCGGUCCGCUCGCCAAUCGAAGCGGUACUCCAUGUCCGCGCUGUACAUGUCCAUGUCGGCUAACGAAUCCGACUUGGUAAUUGAGGAUGACCUUGCCAAAGCGCAAAAGGUACUGCGGGACCUCAAGUCCAAAAUAUCGUCGCAGUCGAAGAAGAACUUCGUCCUCGAGAAGGACGUUCGCUAUCUGGACUCCCGCAUCGCCCUUCUGAUCCAGAACCGCAUGGCGUUGGAAGAGCAAAACGAAGUUGCGAGCCAUCUCGAAGAUGCGACCGAGAUGCAAGAAGGCGCCUUCCCGAACGACGACAAGACACAAAGAUACGGGAACUUGUUGUUCCUGCUGCAGUCCGAGCCGAGGCAUAUUGCCCACCUCUGCCGGCUGGUCUCCAUGGCUGAGAUCGACUCGUUGCUGCAGACCGUCAUGUUCACCAUCUAUGGGAAUCAGUAUGAGAGCCGCGAAGAGCAUCUUUUGCUGACCAUGUUCCAAUCCGUCCUUACGUACCAGUUCGACAAUACCCCUGAAUACUCGUCGCUCCUGCGCGCUAACACUCCCGUUUCGCGGAUGAUGACCACGUACACAAGGAGAGGACCUGGCCAGAGCUUCCUCAAAUCGGUGCUCGCCGAUAGGAUCAACAGCCUGAUUGAGCUCAAGGACUUGGACCUCGAAAUUAACCCGCUCAAAGUCUACGAGCGCAUGAUUGAACAGAUUGAGCAAGACACAGGAAGCCUGCCGGCGUCGCUGCCCAAGGGAAUCACGCAGGAGCAGGCGGCCGAGAAUCCUCAGGUGCAGGCCAUCAUUGAACCGCGGUUGACGAUGCUUACGGAGAUCGCCAACGGUUUUUUGGCAACCAUCAUCGAGGGCCUCGAGGAGGCGCCCUACGGUAUCCGGUGGAUUUGCAAGCAGAUUCGCAGCCUGACUAAGAGGAAAUAUCCCGAUGCCAACGAUCAAGCUAUCUGCACACUAAUCGGUGGUUUCUUCUUCCUCCGCUUCAUCAACCCCGCCAUCGUCACGCCGAAAUCCUACAUGCUCAUCGACGGAACACCUGCCGAUCGCCCGAGAAGAACGCUGACGCUCAUCGCCAAGAUGCUCCAGAACCUGGCCAACAAGCCGUCAUACUCCAAGGAGCCGUACAUGGCCAAGCUGCAGCCCUUCAUCCACCAAAACAAGGACCGUGUCAACAAGUUCAUGCUGGAUUUGUGUGAGGUGCAGGACUUCUACGAGACGCUAGAGAUGGAUAACUACGUGGCUCUUUCCAAGAAGGAUCUCGAGCUGUCCAUCACGCUGAACGAAAUCUACGCCAUGCACGCCCUGAUUGAGAAGCACACCGGGGAACUGUGCAAGGAUGAAAACUCUCACCUUGCUCAGAUUAUGGCUGAGCUGGCCGCCGCGCCGGCCCAGGUCCCGCGGAAGGAGAACAGGGUGAUUAACUUGCCGCUGUACAGCAAGUGGGAGACGGCCAUUGACGACCUCACGGCCGCGCUCGACAUCACCCAGGAAGAGGUAUACUUCAUGGAGGCCAAGUCCAUCUUCGUGCAGAUUCUACGGACAAUUCCGUCGACCUCGUCUGUAGCGAAACGGCCCCUGCGUCUUGAGCGCAUCGCUGACGCGGCUGCCACGUCUAAGAACGACGCCGUGAUGGUGCGCAAGGGGAUCAGGGCAAUGGAACUGCUCAGCCAGCUGCAGGAGCUGCGGGUCGUCGAUAAGAGCGACGGAUUCAGCCUCCUGCGCGACGAGGUUGAGCAAGAGCUGCAGCACCUGGGCUCGCUUAAGGAGGGCGUGCUUGCCGAGACCCAAAAGCUGGACGAGGUGUACAAGACGAUCCGCGAUCACAACUCGUACCUGGUCGGUCAGCUCGAAACGUACAAGAAUUACCUGCACAAUGUGCGCAGCCAGAGCGAGGGCACGCGCCGCAAGCAGCAGAACCAGCGGGUGCUGGGGCCAUACAAGUUCACCCACCAACAGCUCGAGAAGGAGGGUGUCAUUCAGAAGAGCAACGUCCCGGACAACCGACGCGCCAACAUCUAUUUCAACUUUACCAGCCCGCUGCCGGGGACGUUUGUCAUCUCUCUGCACUACAAAGGGAGAAACCGUGGGCUCCUGGAGCUAGACCUCAAGCUCGACGAUCUGCUUGAGAUGCAAAAGGACAACCAGGACGACCUGGACCUUGAGUACGUGCAAUUCAACGUGCCCAAGGUCCUGGCGCUGCUCAACAAGCGGUUCGCCCGGAAGAAGGGGUGGUAG